GUAGUGGAGGGGCGGGGCGGAGCGGCCCGCCCAAAAGUGGCGGUUUACUCGAGGUGGUUUCCUUAGUGUCCAUCGUAGUUUGAGUCACUGGCGAGCUCAGGACUGAUUCUGCGUCAGUACUGCUUGAGCAGGAGUGGGCUCCCGCGUCCUCUGAAGCAGGCUGUUUAUCUGGCCCGGAAGUCGUGGGUUCAGCGCUUCUCUCCAUAUCCGAAUCCCGAUUACAGUAUUGGGACUCUGCUUCAGACCCAGUCACAGAUGCCAGGACGUAUGGCUCCCCUCAAGAAAUCUCAGAAUACCACAAAGUUGCCCCAGGCUUUAAACCCCAUGAAGAACAAGGACAUGUUAGCAGUGCUGGCUGAGAGGAAUCAAGCUGUAGUACCUGUUGGGGUAUGGGUGGAACCUGCCUCCCCCAGUAGUUCGGAAAUCCCAGCAUAUACUUCAGCACAUAUGAUUGAAGAAGAACUAAAGGAACAACUAAGAAAAAAACAAGAAGCUUUGAAACAUUUUCAGAGACAAGUCAAAUACCGAGUAAAUCAACAAAUUAGGCUGAAAAAACAGCAGCAACUUCAGAAGUCUUUUGAAGCAGCAGAAAAAGAAGGCUCUAUAGCAAUGCAAUCUUCAGAUCCAGCACACUUUACUCCUAAAGGGACAAGUAUUUUUCCAAGCAAUUUGAAUGCUGCUAUUGGAAGUUCUAGGUUUCCCCCUUCCCAGAUAUUUGGGGGUGCAGUAAAAGAUGGAGAGAAUGAGAAUGAAUUAUUCCAACAACAAGCCCAGGCUCUUAGUCAAACCAUGAAACUAGCACGUCACCGGCUGGCAUCCCAUAAAACUGUGAGUAAAGAAAAGCCAUCAGUGUUUCCAGAUGGUUGGAGGAAAAGCUUUCCCACCCAACAGGAAUCUGACAGUGAGGAAGUGUUAUCUGUUACAACAGAUGAGAAAGGGAGAGGCGAUUUGUUUUGGGGAGACAAGCAGAGUCUCUUCUUUGAAGACAGUGAUAAGCCCUUUAGCAGAAUUCAGAAAGUAAAAUUCAAAAAUCCAUUAUUUGUUGUGAUAGAAGAGAAAGAACAAAAGCAGUCACAUUUUCAGGGCCUUGAAGCCCAGGAUUAUCCUCUGGAAACCAAAGGAGAUCUGCCAGAAACCCAGGAUGAUUUGAUAGAAGUUCAGAGUGUUGAACCUGAAACUCAGAGUGUUGAGCCAGAUGUCCAGGCUGUUGAUCUGGAGGUUCAAGCUGUUGAGCCAGAAGGCCAGGCCAUUGAGCCAGAAGUCCAGUCUAUUAAGACAGAAACUUGGAGUAUUAUGAUAAAAGCUAAUAGCACUGGGCUAGAAGAUGGGAAUAUUGAGUUGAAAGCACAGGAUUUUCCACCUGAAAACCAGGUCUUUUUGCCCAAAUAUCAGGACCAAGAUUCUCUACCCAGAGACCCCUGUGUUCUCCCUAAAGACCAGAAUAUUCUACCCAAAUAUCAGGACCAGAAUUUUCUACAUAAAGACCAGGAUUUUCUAUCCGGAGACCAGAAUAUUUUACCCAUAUGUCAGGACCAAGAUUUUCUACAUGAUGACCAGGAUUUUGUAUGCAGAGACCAAUGUGUUCUUCCCAAAGACCAGAAUAUUCUACUCAAACGCCAGGAUCAGAAUUUUCUCCCUAAUGAUCAGUGCGUUCUCCUCAAAGAUGAGAAUCUUCUACACAAAUGUCAGGAGCAGGAUUUUCCACUCAAAGAUCAGGAAAAAUAUAUCUGGCAGCAGCCAUUAUUGGCUUUGAGAGUUGAAAGAUGGAAAAAGGAAUGGCCCACAAGUACAGAACCAUAUCUUUCACACAGGUUCCAAGGCCAGCACUCUACUGGAGAUCAGUUAGAGCAAAAGGAGGAAGAGGAUCAACAGGAAAAAACAAAUUUGAAGCAGCCAGCAACACUUUUGAUAGGUAGGCAAGGGAGAGAAGAGCUUCCUAUGGAUGUCAUACAUCAAGAUCUGGGCAGUCAUCAGCAGGCCUCCAUCAGGGUCAAGAAAGUACAUUUUCAGGAGCCAUUUUCUGAUACGACAGAUGAGGAAGGGAGAGAAGACUUUUCUCUGGCAGGUUAUCAGUGUCUGCCUUCCCAAACCCAAUUUCAGGACUUCAUCAGAGAGCAGGACAGAAGAGAGAGUAAGAGAGGAAUUGCCUUUGCAGUAUCAUUAGUAUGUUCACCUAAGACCCAGGACCAAACCUCCCCUGGAGAACAGGUGGAGCCACAUACAGAAGAAGGACUAUCACUUUCUAAGAGAAGACCAGUUAAGAUUAAAAAGCUUAUUAGACAACCUGCAUCUUUGGAGAAAAUGGAGACUGGGAGCUUACACUUUAGGCAACAGCCAUCUGUUGAAACAGCUGAAAGAUGGCAAGAGGACUUGCUUCUGAAUCGCCAUCAGCAUCAUCUACCCAGAUAUCAGAGAGACACUUGCGUCAGACGACAGGUUUAUAAUGAGCAUCAGUCAGGACUGAGCAAUGAAUUCCAAACUCCAUUGGCAUUUCAGUCUGGAGUAGAUCAAGAGGAAGACAAGAAAGAGCGUCAAAAGCAGUAUCUAAGACACAGAAGACUUUUCAUGGAUAUUGAGAGAGAACAAGUAAAAGAACAAAAAAGACAAAAGGAACAAAAGAAGAAAAUUGAAAAAAUUAAGAAAAAGAAAGAGCAACAACGUUAUGCUGAAGAGCAGAAGAUCCUAAAAAUGAACUUCAAUGAAGAACCACAUUCAGGGGAAAAAAUGCCUGGUAUGUUAGCCCAGUUACAACUUGAAGAACAGAAAGAAGCUAGAGAAAAACUGCAACAACAGAGAGAAAAGAAUUUUUAUAGAUACGUAGAAGCAUUACGUGCCCAGGUCCAGGAGAAAAUGCAGCUGUAUAAUAUUACUUUACCUCCUCUAUGCUGUUGUGGUCCUGAUUUUUGGGAUGCUCAUCCUGACACCUGUGCCAACAAUUGUAUUUUCUAUAAAAACCACAGAGCAUAUCAUCGGGCACUGCAUUCAGUCAUCAGUUCCUCUGAUAUCUCCGAGGGAAACGCAACUCUUCGAAAUGCCAUUCAUAAUUUUGUUUCUGCACACAAACGGACUUUGAAAAAUCUAUAAUAUGAAUCUGAAAUCAGCUGAAUCAACUGGUAGUAUUUCAAUCUUCAUUUAAAAUUAACUCUGAGAAAUUGCUUUGGAAAAACUGUUUGUGUCAGAUGUGUUAUUUAGAAAGAAAUACUAUUCUACAUUAUAACUAUCCCUGCAAUUAGAUCUCUGCCUUGGGACCAGGGUUGAAAGUUGACUUCCAAAUUUGUCUCUUCUUUGGUGUGAGCCAUAGCGAAACUGUAAUUUUAAAAAAUGAUCAGACAAGGAAGGUCUCUUCAUUUGCUCUGCUCUGAUCAGAAGAGUUUGUGAGAAAUCUUUGAGAUUAUCUUAUUUAUGAUCUUUCCAAAAAUGUGCCUUUGAGUCUUGACACUAUUGAAAAUGUCUGAAUGAGGCAGAAAAGAAUGAAAUGGGUUUCUGAGCAUCUAUAUAGCCAUUAGCUUUUCUAAUUGUGUACAACAAUUAGAAAUGAGAAUAAUCUGAAUUUUAUGCACCUUUUCUUCUCAGAAUAUUCUCUAUCCUGGUUUUUGUUUUAAAUUAUUGCCUCUUUCCCCAUUCAGUGACAUUGGAUAUAGGGUUUUUUUAGUUAUAUUUUGUAUUGCAAAAAAAGUCAAAUAAACUAAGUUCAAUCUUGC